AAGUGUCGAUAGCGUGGAGUGGGGCUGGAAGAGAGUGAAGUGAAUGUGUCGUUUUGAAACCAAAGGACAGGAAACGCUUCCUCUCUGCCAAACUCUCCGCGGGCCCGGCCGCCGCCUCCGGACUGACGGGACGGAACAUGGCGGCCCCCGGAGCCCGGAGCUGCAGCCUCUCGGGCCUGCUCCCGGCGCAGACCUCGCUGGAGUACGCCCUGCUCGAUGCUGUCACCCAGCAGGAGAAGGACAGCCUGGUCCACCAGUAUCUGCAGAAGGUGGACAGCUGGAAGCAGGAUCUGUCAGUGCCUGAGUUUCCGGAAGGAUUAGAAUGGUUAAACACAGAAGGACCUAUUUCUGUCUACAAGGAUCUAUGUGGAAAGGUGGUCGUCCUUGAUUUCUUCACCUACUGCUGCAUAAACUGUAUUCACCUGUUGCCUGAUCUCCAUGCUUUAGAACACACGUACUCUGAUAAAGAUGGUCUUCUGGUGGUUGGUGUUCACUCAGCCAAGUUUCCUAAUGAAAAAGUCCUGGAUAACAUUAAGAGUGCUGUACUUCGCUACAAUAUCACCCACCCUGUGGUUAAUGAUGCAGAUGCCAGCCUUUGGCAAGAACUAGAAGUCUCUUGCUGGCCGACUCUGGUCAUACUUGGACCCCGUGGAAACAUGCUGUUUUCUUUGAUGGGAGAGGGACACAAAGAUAAAUUGUUUUUAUAUACUUCAAUUGCAUUAAAAUAUUACAAAGAUAAGGGACAGAUCAGAGAGAAAACAAUUGGAAUAAAACUCUAUAAGGAUUCUUUGCCACCUUCACCAUUGCUGUUUCCUGGCAAGGUGACAGUAGACCAUGUAACUGACAGAUUAGUAAUAGCAGACACUGGACAUCAUAGAAUUGUGGUCGUCUGGAAGAAUGGACAAAUUCAAUACAGCAUUGGAGGACCUCACCCUGGAAGAAAAGAUGGAACAUUUUCAGAGUCAACGUUUAAUUCACCACAAGGUGUAGCCAUACUGAAUAAUAUCAUAUAUGUGGCAGAUACUGAAAACCACCUGAUAAGAAAGAUUGAUCUAGAAACCAAGGCCGUAAGCACUGUAGCUGGCAUUGGAAUUCAAGGCACAGAUAAAGAAGGUGGAGCCAGAGGAGACCAGCAACCCAUUAGUUCUCCUUGGGAUGUCGUUUUUGGAACAUCAGCUUCAGAGGUUCAAAGAAAUGACAUUCUGUGGAUCGCCAUGGCAGGGACUCAUCAGAUAUGGGCACUCCUAUUGGACUGUGGCACACUACCAAAGAAAAAAGAGCUGAAAAAAGGGACCUGCCUUCGCUUUGCUGGGAGUGGGAAUGAAGAGAAUCGAAACAAUGCGUAUCCUCACAAGGCAGGUUUUGCCCAACCGUCAGGGCUCUCUGUGGCUUCGGAAGAGCCCUGGAGCUGCCUGUUUGUAGCCGAUAGUGAGAGCAGUACUGUGAGAACCGUAUCGCUGAGAGAUGGAGCAGUGAGGCACCUCGUAGGAGGAGAAAGAGACCCCACGAAUUUAUUUGCUUUUGGUGAUGUUGAUGGAGUGGGAAUUAAUGGAAAGCUUCAGCAUCCACUUGGAGUUACUUGGGACAAGAAAAGGAGUUUACUCUAUGUGGCAGACUCCUACAAUCACAAGAUUAAAGUUGUGGACCCAAAAACAAAAAACUGUUUAACAUUAGCAGGAACAGGAGAUGCAAGUAAUGUCAUCAGUUCCAAUUUUACAGAGUCAACUUUUAAUGAACCAGGAGGCUUAUGCAUUGGAGAGAAUGGUCGGUUAUUAUAUGUAGCAGACACAAAUAAUCAUCAAAUUAAAGUUAUGGAUUUAGAAACAAAAACAAUCUCUGUGCUCCCUGUCAUCAGCUCUGAGAAUGCUGUGGUAGAUGGCCCGUUCCCACUAGACAAACAGAAGACAUUACCCAAACUGCCUAAAUCCGCUCCAAACAUUAGUCUCUCCCCAGUGACUGCAUCUCCAGGCCAGACUCUUCAGUUCAAGCUAAAAUUAGACCUCCCAUCAGGAACAAAGCUAACUGAAGGAGCACCCAGUUGUUGGUCUCUAACAGCUGAAGGCAAUGAAUGGCUUUUUCAAGGACAGGCGUCAUCUGGAGAAAUAGAGAGCAUUUUCAAUCAGCCAACAAUAUCACUACAGAUUCCCGACGACUGUUUAUCACUGAAAGCCGUUGUGUCCAUCAGGGUGUUUCUUUAUUACUGCAGCGCAGACAGCAGUGCCUGUAUGAUGAAGGGGAUUGUGUUCAGUCAGCCUUUACAAAUAACUGAUACGCUACCAGCUACCACAGCUCCGGUUGAACUGAGAUACGUGUUUUAGCUAGCUAGCUAGCCACUCACCUCCACAGCUUCCUGCCUUCAUCCUCACCAUCACUGUCACUUAGGAAGAACAUUUUUUUUUCUGCUUCCAUGAUACCAAGAAGCCUCUUACUUCAAUUCUAGUAGCAGAUAUUAAAAUAAA